AUGUCAAUUGUAAGCAAUACUCGUAAACGUCAAAAAGCUCCCCCAAUAAAGUCCAUCACACCUGAAAAGAUAUUACAGAGGUAUUUAGAAGAACGUUCUAACAAUGAAGACGAUGAUUCAGUUAUAUCGAGGGAUAGUGAAGGUGAUGUUUCCACACCUCAAAAAAUUGGACACAAACUUCGUUUUGAUGAUCGACAACUUCUUGACAUGAAGGAAACAUUUGAUUUACUUGAUUCAAAUUGUACUGGUAUUCUGCGUGAUAAUCAUCUCAGAGUCGCUGUUCGUGCUUUGGGAUUUGAACCAAGGAAAGACGAUAUUAAGGCAAUGAUUGCUAAAAUCAACGAGGACAACACUGAACGUAUAUCAUUCAAUGAUUUUGUUAAGUUGAUGGAAAUGAAAAUUGGUGAAAAAGAUACCGAGAUGGAUUUGCGCAAGUCAUUUCGUUUAUUUUGUGGUGUUGGAAAAAAUAGUCUCACUCUAGAUGACUUGAAGCUUGUUAGCAGACAACUGGGGGAGAACUUAAAUGAUGAAGAACUGGCUGAAAUGUUUGAAUACGCUGAUCUAAACAAAGAUGGUAAAGUUAAUGAAGAUGACUACAUACGAUUAGUACUGAAUACGGUUUUGUAUGACCAAUAA